UUUCACAUUCGCAAGCCCAAUUCCCAAUUCCAUCCCAACAAAACCAAACGCCGCAUGAUCAAGAGCCAUCUGGGUUUUGGGUCAAGGCCUUCUUCAGCUUUAAUUUAUCUCACUGAAACGUUCGCUCGAUGCAGGUUUGAAAGGCUCGCAUAGAGUUAGGAUUUAGGAGAUGGACUUUACAUUGCCAAUUGUGAAUGCCACAACAGCGGUGAUUGAUCGUGUCUCAGCUGCAUUCAACACACCUGUUGCCUGUGCAGUCGUCUUCGGGGUUCAUAUCGAUGGUUACUUGGUUGCGGGAGGACUACUUAUUGCGUUCAUUGUGUUUCAGCUUUCCAGAAAGAGCUACAAACCUCCAAAGAAGCCACUUUGCGAGAAGGAAGUUGAUGAGCUAUGUGAUGAAUGGCAACCAGAACCUUUAUGUCCUCCAAUCAAAGAGGGUCCCCAAAUUGACACACCAAUCUUGGAAAGUGCUGCUGGACCACAUACGACCAUUGAUGGGAAGGAAGUUGUGAACUUUGCAUCAGCAAACUACCUUGGUUUAAUUGGCAACGAGAAAAUUACUGAUUCCUGUGUUGGUGCGUUGAAAAAAUAUGGCGUUGGAUCAUGCGGUCCACGUGGCUUUUAUGGAACAAUUGAUGUCCACCUUGACUGCGAGGCAAAAAUAGCUAACUUCCUGGGAACCCCAGACUCCAUUUUGUAUUCAUAUGGGAUAUCUACAAUAUUCAGUGUGAUA